AUGACAGGAACACCUCCCCAAAGUAUAAUUGCCAACUCGGCAACGCUGAGUAUCUUAGCAUAUUGCUCGUCCAGCAUCAUCAUGACAGUUACCAACAAGACUGUCCUUUCUCAAUUCAACUUCAAUAUGAAUUUUUUCCUGCUUGCAAUUCAGGCGUUUUCUGCUGUGGUUAUGCUCUUGAUCUUCAAGAGAUUGGACCUGAUUACCUAUCGAAAGUUUGAUACUAAUGAGGCCAAAAAGUGGUUUCCUAUCUCUUUUGGGCUUGUGUGUAUGAUCUAUACAGGUAGUAAGAGUCUCCAGUACCUCCGAAUCACAGUUUAUACCUUGUUCAAGAACCUGACAAUUAUCCUCAUUGCCUACGGUGAGGUUCUUUGGUUCGGGAGCAAAGUUACUCCGUUGAUGCUGUUGAGUUUUGUAUUUAUAGUCCUUUCCUCAGUCAUUGCAGGCUGGUCUGACAUAAGCUCGUUUGUGCCUCAGAAUCCUUCAGAUCUCAUGGAGUUAAACGCGGGAUAUGCAUGGAUGGCACUGAACUGUUUCUCGUCUGCUGGCUAUGUGCUCUAUAUGCGCAAAAGAAUUAAGUACUUUGAUUUUAAAGACUUUGACACGGUGUAUUAUAACAAUUUAUUAAGCAUGCCAAUAAUGCUGCUUCUCAGUUUUUGUCUCGAAGGCUGGACAUCAGGCGAAUUCGAGAGAACAUUCAAUCCAGAAGUGCGAUCAGCCCUCAUGUCCGCUAUUUUACUUUCAGGUCUUUCAUCUUUCCUCAUUUCAUAUGGUAGUGCGUGGUGUGUCCGAUGCACAUCCUCCACCACAUAUUCUAUGGUGGGCGCACUUAAUAAGCUGCCUGUCGCAGCCAGUGGGAUCCUAUUCUUAGGCGAUCCAGCUACAUCUGGAAACGUCUUUGGCAUCUUCUUCGGUUUUAUUGCAGGACUUUUGUACAGGAUAGUCGAAGUAGCAGAGCUUAAGGCGCCUGCAGCCAUUUCAAUUAAGCCAGCAGGCCUUCCUCUCUAUAAAAGCAAUCCUGAUGGCAAGAUUGCUGAUUAG